UCAGUGUCGUCUUGGCCACGCAACGCGACACACCGCAAUCACAACGAUCGACGCCGCUAAGCUGUUUGCUUACCGUCUUUAUUUUUUUUUUUUUUUCUUUUUCCGUCAUCCCCGAGUCUUCCAAUCUUUGCGAGCCGGCGGAAUAAAACGCCGGGGAGCCAUGGACACCAGCCAAGAACGACAGUAAACUGCGCCAAGCGAAGCUAAGCAGCGAAAAACGUUGCGCGCACGAGGUGAUUGCGAGAGAUUCAGGCGUACGCAAGCUGAUUUCUAUCGGAGGAAGAGAGAGAGAGAGAGAGAGAGAAAGUAGAAGGGCGAGAGAAUAAAAGAGCCGCAUCUUUCGUCUGUAUGCGUUGAUCGCACGUGACACGCGAGACAUUCUGAACGAGGGCGAUCGCGUUGACGCGACUAGACGCUGCCACCUUUUUCCACCUUCCACAUUCUCGCGAGCAUUUACAAGCGUAAGUUUAUUGCGAAAAUCGCGCCGACAUGUCUACAGAACCGGGUAGCUUCACCUCCAACGGGAGCAUGAUCGUCGUAAGCAACAGGUUGCCAUUUGUGCUAAAGAGAAACAAUAGGACCGGUGAACUGGAGCGUAAAGCCAGUGCUGGUGGUCUAGUAACUGCAGUAGCACCAGUUGUCAUAAGCGGCAAUGGAGUCUGGGUCGGAUGGCCAGGUAUGCACAUGGAAAACCCGAACGAGCCGAUACCCGAGUCCAAUCCCAACGAUCGCACACCCACAGCUGGUCUGUUAUCUCGGAAGGUCGUCGCCGUACACGUUGAUUCCGGCGUCUUUGAUUCGUAUUACAAUGGGUGCUGCAAUGGAACUUUUUGGCCACUUUUCCAUUCUAUGCCGGAUCGGGCAACCUUUAUUGCGGAUCAUUGGCGUGCAUAUUCGACGGUCAACGAACAAUUUGCCGCACAGACGGUCGGCGCUUUGGAACAAAUUCACAAGGAACAGGAGAACCAACCGAACGGCACGCCAUUGGUAUGGGUCCACGACUAUCACCUGAUGUUAGCCGCCAAUUGGAUUAGGCAAGCGGCCGACGAGAAGAAUCUCAGGCUCAAAUUAGGUUUCUUCCUUCACAUACCAUUCCCACCGUGGGACAUCUUCAGGCUUUUUCCGUGGGCCGACGAGAUAUUGCAGGGUAUGCUCGGAUGCGACAUGGUGGGUUUCCACAUUCAAGAUUAUUGUCUGAACUUCGUCGAUUGCUGUCAAAGAAGUCUUGGUUGCAGAGUGGACCGUAAAAAUUUGUUGGUUGAACAUGGCGGCAGAACAGUGCGAGUAAGACCACUGCCGAUCGGCAUUCCGUUCGAUAGGUUUGUUUCCUUAGCGGAAACGGCCAACAAAGUCAUGCAGUCGAGUCAAAAGAUCGUCCUUGGUGUUGACCGGCUUGAUUACACCAAGGGUCUCGUUCACAGACUCAAGGCAUUCGAGCUGCUGUUAGAAAAGCAUCCCGAACAUCGCGAACAGGUGACGAUGCUUCAAAUCGCAGUGCCCUCGCGCACCGACGUUCGCGAGUAUCAGGAUUUGAAGCUCGAGAUGGAUCAACUAAUCGGCUGUAUAAAUGGUCGCUUCACGACCCCCAACUGGUCACCUAUUCGUUACAUCUACGGUUGUGUCAGUCAAGAUGAGCUAGCAGCGUUCUACAGAGAUGCCGCCGUAGCCCUUGUCACGCCACUUAGGGACGGCAUGAAUUUAGUGGCCAAGGAAUUUGUUGCUUGUCAAAUUAAUACACCACCGGGAGUGCUGAUAGUAUCACCAUUUGCCGGUGCUGGCGAGAUGAUGCACGAAGCCUUGAUUUGCAAUCCUUAUGAGAUCGACGAGGCCGCAGAAGUGAUUCACAGAGCUCUUACCAUGCCCGAAGACGAGCGCACGUUAAGAAUGAAUCACUUACGUCGACGUGAGAGGAUAUACGAUGUCAAUUACUGGAUGAAGUCCUUCCUUCAGGUAAUGGGAUCACUCGAAGAACACGAUUCCGUAGGUGCUACCACAAUGCAGCCUGUGACGAUGGAUGAUUUUGAUGAUUAUUUGAGCAAGUCCCCUAGGUACAUCGGAGAGAAUCAUAAAUUAGCACUGCUGUUGGAUUAUGAUGGCACCUUGGCGCCCAUUGCCACACAUCCCGACUUGGCAAUCUUGCCACUCGAGACGAAAAACGUUUUGCAGAGGCUAUCCAACAUGUCGGACGUUUACAUCGCGAUUAUAUCAGGUAGAAAUGUCAACAACGUGAAAUCGAUGGUUGGAAUCGAUGGAAUCACAUAUGCUGGUAAUCACGGAUUGGAGAUCCUGCAUCCGGAUGGUAGCAAAUUUGUUCAUCCUAUGCCUGCUGAGUUGGAGGAUAAAGUGGCCAAUCUUAUGCAGACACUUCAGGAACAGCUCUGUAGAGACGGUGCAUGGGUCGAGAAUAAAGGAGCACUCCUCACAUUCCACUAUCGUGAAACCCCGGUGGAAAAUCGUCCCAAGAUGGUGGAUCAGGCUAAAAAGUUAAUCGAGGACGCGGGAUUCAAAGCGUGCGCCGCGCACUGCGCUAUCGAGGCAAAACCUCCGGUCGAAUGGAACAAGGGUCGUGCCUCUAUCUAUAUACUGCGCACGGCAUUCGGGUUAGAUUGGAGCGAACGUAUCAGGAUUAUAUACGCUGGUGACGACGUUACAGAUGAAGAUGCAAUGAGGGCGUUGAAAGGUAUGGCCGCGACUUUCCGUGUGGCAUCAUCGCACAUCAUCCGCACCUCUGCUGAGAGACGUCUACCCAGCACAGAUUCAGUACUCACGAUGCUGAAAUGGGUGGAAAGACAUCUUAGCAGACGUAAGCCUCGCAACAGCAUCGACAUCCCGGGCAUACCAACACGAUUUCGACGCGGCAGCGGCGGUAUUACAAUGGAGAUGUCUUAUACCCCGCCGAAAACACCUCUCGAAUCCUAGGUGAUGCUCAAAUCUCCUUUGUUAACAUAUCAAGUGUAUACUCGGCACGAUAUAUAUGUCAUAGGGUUAUAGUGUGUACUCGUAGUUUAAAGCUAGCAAAGAUGGAGGAGAAAAAAUUGCUGCGAACAAUCUCAAUCUGAGAAUAAAAGAGCUAAAAAGGAAGUUAAUGAAGCCUGCAUCUGAACUAUAUAUCAAGUAAAAUCACUGAAGAGAAGACGGUCACGAUCGGAAAGUCAAGAGAAACGAAAUGGGUUUUUCCAGUCUAGAGGUAUGAUAUUGUACUAUUAGUGGCACCAUCAACGCGAAUAUUAGUGAAGAAAUGUGAAAAACCAAAUCGUUUUAUUGGCUCUCUAAUUUUUAUUGUCUUCAAUUAAUAUAUUUUCUAAUACUGAAUAGAUUACUUACUGACUAGAUUAGAUGACUUUUAGAUCGAAAGAUAUCGAAUUCGUACACGUGAUAUAGCGAUUAAUGUUUUUAGGCCGAUUAAUCAUUUAGCUUUAACAAUCUAAAUGCCAUUUAAGAUUUGGCUCUGUACCAAGAAUGUACAUGUAUAUAUUUUUAUUUUUUUGAUUUGUGUAUUCCUUACUGAAUCAAUAACUGAAUUAUGUGAGACACGAUACCGUAUAUAUGUCUACGGAGAUACAAAUUUUAGAUCCUUAGAUUAUGCGUUUGAUAACUAUCAGAAACAAUAGAAUCAUUGUUUGAUGCAUAAUCUAAGGAUGAACCUUUGGCAGGCAACAUUAAAUUCUGCGUGUUACACUUAUUAGCUGUGUUUUAUCUCGUUAACCAUUUUAACCAGUAGCACGGAUAUGACAAGACAUAAAUAACAGCGCGUUGGAUUGCCUCAGGAAUACCAUCUACGAAGUAUAGUUUUAUUUGGGACUGACUAAUUAAUUUAUUUUUCUUUUUCUUCCUCUUUGCUUUCUUUUCAAUCAAUUGUAUUACAAAUAUUAGAAAUAUUUAUUGUCAAACAUCGAAUAAGUGUGACACUAAUGAUCUUAGUCUCUUUUAUCAAUUAUUUUAUUAUUUUGCCAUGAAAUACCUUGCGAAGUGCAUUCGAGAAACUCCUGAUGUUAAAAUGUUAUCAAAAUAAUCAGAAUUCUUUUACACAUAUAAAAGGAUAGAAAUUUUUGGUUUUAAAUAUUAAAGUCUCAGUUAUAGUCCCACAAUCAAGUUACUACAAAAUAUGCCAAUUUGCAUUUCGUGUUAUGCAAUAUACAGUAAAACAAACGUCAGUACACAUACGUACACACAUUUAAAAUCCAUCCAUUCAUGUAUAUGCAUGUAUGAUAUGUACACACACACAAAACGAAAACAAAAGUUUACAGAUACAUGUUAACAGGAACCAAAAUUUAUACGCUUUAUACAUAAAUCUAGUGGGCAUGCGAAACUGUGGAUGAAUAAUUGUUUAAUGCGAGAGGAUGAAAAGGCAAAAUUUAUGUAAACACAAACUAGAUUUUACACUUUUUCUAAGUAGAAUAAGACGUAGAGUGUGAAAAAGAGGAGGCAAAGGAGAAUAUUGGUAUUUGUUGAUAUAAUCGUUCUCGGUUAUACGGUGCGUACGAUGAUUAGCGAUAACAAAUAAGAAACGGCUAUAUAAGAAUCUAUGUCUUCUGUACAAUGUUUUAAAGAUAUGUGGUGUUGUGCGUUUCUCUAUACCGCCAGAUAAUACUGACUUUAAAUUGAUACAAACUGGCAGCGCGUAUCCGUUUCUUGUCACGAGCUUGUUCUAAGGAGAAAAACGUUUUGAAAGUAAUGUACAAUUAUCAUUAGUAGCAUUAUCAAUAGCUGUACAAAUCAACGAGAAUUCGCGAAAGUAUAACAAGAAAAGAUAUCUCUAAGAUUGCGGCAAAAAUUUCGUGAUUUUAAUAAAUUAUAAAACAAGAAUAGAUAUUUGUUUGGAAAUAAAGCUGCGCGAAAUUGUACAAGAAUAUAUUAUUUAUUAAAAAUUUACUAGAAUAUUUACACGAGAAAAAGUUAAUAUACAGUUUAUUUAUUUAAUAAUGUUAUUUUAUUUCUGUCCCUUAGCCUUAUUCUGUAAAACAAGCUCGUUUCUUUUACAUUUGCUUAAAAAUAUAACGCCACGUUUUGUUUUCCAAUUGUUUUUAUUGCUCAACUUCCCUUCUCUAUUUAUUUCUUUAAUCCGAUUCACCGCAAAUUUCAUCAAAGUGAUUAUAAUACAUCUAUCGUAUUUAUCUUAUUUUUCGAAAAAAAUCAGGUUGUAAACGAAUCGAACACGUGUAUGAACUCGUUUACUUACUAAAUUUACUUGGUAAACUAAUCUACGCCACUAAUAAUUACACGUAGAAGAAACAUUCAACGGUCAAAGGAACAAUUUUGUGUAACACCUGAUGAAAGUAAUUUACAAUUAAGCAUCUGUUUAUUGGUCUCGGAAAUUCAGUGUUUUGCGGGAACAGAUGUAUCAGUCUCCGUAAUCUCGUGUUUUCGCCUCUGUAUUUAUUAGUCAAUUAAUCAAUAAUAAUCGUCAGUCAAUAAAGAAUGAGCGAGCGAACGAUGAUCGAACGGACGAAGGAGAAGAGAAUGAAAUAAAAACAUAACAGCAAUCGGCAAGGACAGAGCAAAUUUAUGACUGUCGAAUCUGCAUUAUCAGACAUGCUGUAUAUGUAUUUGUUGAAAGUACACGAAAACAAAGUAUAUGUGUAUAUAACGAGAUAUAUAAAUGUAUAAAUGUUAUGCCAUACCCAUAUGCAUACAAAGUCCUACCGUGUGCCCUUAAAGCAAAUUCUCUCCCUCCCUCGGAAAAAAAGGAAAAGAAAAAAAAAACAAAAACAAAAAACAAGAGCUAUUCUACAUUUUGUAUGAGUACUUAGUUUUUACCUCGUUAUACGUUACUACAUAAAUGUGUAAAAUAAAAACAUGCGGAGAUAGAGCGAGUAAACGACUAAAACUGGUUUACUCCCAUUACUGUAAAACACAGUGCAGAAAUAAAACGUCGUUUAUAAA